AUGGCGAUCUCUGUCGAGCGUUUUGUCGCCAUUGUCUAUCCGAUCCAAUUCGCUCGUUUCAGGAAUCGGAGGCACAUUAAUGAAGGCAUCAUCUCCAUCUGGGGACUGUCCUUAGUGGUGAAUCUCUUCAUCCCACUAACAAUGCACGUGAGCGACGAAUCCAAUCAAUGCAAAGUGGAAUUCAUGACGUACACGAGUCAGAUCAUCAUCGGUGUAAUGACCGCCCUGGUAUGUUAUAUAAUCCCAAUCUCUGUCAUGUUAGUGACCAAUGUCACUGCAGCGCGCAAACUGCAUCGACAGUUCAAGCGAUUCAGAAGUACAUUGCCAGGUGAAUUCAACGGACAGUCAACGGCAUCUUUGAAUCUUCUCCAUGCAAGGAAACGAGUUUUGUAUAUGCUUAUCCUCGUUGUCAUUAUUUAUGCCAUCUGUUGGGGACCGAACACGAUAGCAUAUUUCCUCUAUAAUAUUCGCAUCUUAGACCCGUUGUAUCUAUACGGUCCUGUCGAUAGGAUCCUGGUCCUAUUGGCAUUCUAUAACUCUUGCGCCAAUCCAAUUGUCUAUACCCUCCGGUAUCCCCGAUUCCGCAAGGCCCUUCGCAAUGUCUUCACGUGUUCAAAAGUCAGCAGCAAUGCCAUAUUCGAAUUUAAUAACACUGGUCCUAAAACAAAUGAUGGUAAAGACAAAAUAACAAUGACAGCCAUGUGA